UGAGUGGCAGCCGAGAUGAAGCGAGAUCUCCGUCUAAUGGUUUUCAAUUCUGGUGCUGCAGUGCCCCAGGACCUGGCCACAUACGACUUCAUAGUGGUGGGAGCAGGGGCCGCUGGCUGCACGGUCGCCGCUCGUCUCUCGGAGAAUCCCGGCUGGAAGGUGGCGCUCCUCGAGGCGGGCGGUGUGGAGAACAUUGGCCACUUGACGCCCGUCCUGGCCGGCUAUCUGCAGCAGACGGCCUCCAACUGGGGCUACCGCUCCGUGCCGCAGCGCCUCUCCUGCCAGGCCAUGAACAACCAGGAGUGCGCCCUGCCCCGCGGCAAGGUCCUGGGCGGCACCAGCUCCAUCAACUACAUGAUCUACAAUCGCGGCAACAGGCGGGACUUCGAUGGCUGGGCCGCCGCCGGCAACCCCGGCUGGAGCUACGACGAGGUCCUGCCCUACUUCCUGCGCAGCGAGUCCGCCCAGCUGCAGGGGCUGGAGCAGUCGCCGUACCACAACCGCAGCGGACCCCUCAGCGUGGAGUACGUGCGCUUCCGCACCCAGCUGGUGGAUGCCUUCGUGGCGGCUUCGGUGGAGGCGGGUCUGCCCCGCACCGACUACAACGGCGAGUCGCAGCUGGGCGUCUCCUAUGUGCAGGCCACGACGCGCAACGGCAGGCGGCACAGCGCCUACGCGGCGUACAUCAAGCCGGUGCGGGACUACCGCAAGUCCAAUCUGCACAUCUUCAUCUUCUCGCAGGCCACGCGGCUGCUCAUCGAUGCGGAGACAAGGUCUGCCUACGGCGUGGAGUUCCGCCACAAGGAUCGGGUCUAUACGUUCAAGGCCCGCAAGGAGGUCAUCCUGUCGGCGGGGGCCUUCAACUCCCCGCAGCUGCUGAUGCUGUCGGGCAUCGGGCCGGCGGACAACCUGAAGGCCAUUGGAGUGCCCCUCGUGCAGGCGCUGCCGGUGGGGAAGCGGCUCUACGAUCACAUGUGCCACUUCGGGCCCACCUUCGUGACCAACACCACGGGCCAGACGACCUUCACGUCCCGCGUGACGGCCGGGGAGGUGCUGUCGUUCCUGCUGGCGGGAAAUCCGGCCACGAAGCUCAGCACCAUUGGCGGCGUGGAGGCACUGGCCUUCCUGAAGACAGGCCGCUCGCCCCUGCCCCAGGACUGGCCCGACAUCGAGCUGAUCAUGGUGGCGGGCAGCCUGGCCAGUGACGAGGGCACUGCCCUCAAGCUGGGGGCCAACUUCAAGGAUGAGAUCUACGACAGCAUGUACAGGCAGCUGGCCCUCAGGCAGCAGGAUCACUUCACCCUUCUGGUGAUGCAAUUCCAUCCGCAGAGCGUCGGCCGCCUCUGGCUGCGGGAUCGCAAUCCCUUGGGCUGGCCCAAGAUCGAUCCCAAGUACUUUGUGGCCGAGGAGGAUGUGGAGUACAUCCUGGAUGGCAUCAAGGCGGCCAUUCGCAUCGCCCAGAUGCCCGCCCUGCAGUCGAUUGGUGCGCGGCUCCUGGAGCGCCCUGUGCCCGGCUGCGAGUCCCUGCCCUUCGCCUCCGACGACUACUGGCGCUGCUCCAUCCGGCACCUCUCGUACACGCUGCACCACCAGGUGGCCACCUGUCGCAUGGGUCCCUCGAGCGAUCCCAGCGCCGUGGUCAGUGCCCAGCUGCGGGUGCACGGCAUGAGGCGGCUGCGGGUGGUGGACACGAGCAUCAUUCCCGUGCCGCCCACGGCCCACACCAAUGCGGCGGCCUUCAUGAUCGGCGAGAAGGCAGCGGACAUGAUACGCUCCGACUGGAGCUGAGUAUUAGAGGAGAGGAGCGGAGUGGAGCGGAGUGGAGUGGAGCGGAGCGGGAGGCUUA